AUGAGCGCCUCGAACCGUCCCUCCAGCCCGAACAGUCGGCGCGUGGAGCAGUCUGAUUCUGCGGAUCGAUGCGGCUCUGCGCCAUGUCCGACCGCUCUUCCACCAGAUCAGCCUUCUGGCUCGGGUACACCCAACCACCUGCAGUCAGAACAACAAAGACCCGGCUCGUCGAAAGCUCAGAAUCAGGACAUAGACCUCCAUUCCGUCGGCAGCUGGGCUUCAGGUGCCGACAGUCUAGAUCGUCCAAAAGAAUUGGAAAAGUGUAUGGAUUAUUUUCAGUCACAGGAAAUCCGAUCAGAGCAUGGAAGGAUUCCAAGGCGUGUCGCGGUUACUUGA